AUGGAAGCGACGGCGGCGGAUGGGGUCGGGGACACAAAAGCGACGGCGUCCGCGAGCGAGCGCGUCGCGGCGGAGGACUCGAGAGAGUCACCGUCGUGUGAAACGAACGUGAACGCGUCAGAGUUGGAGGAGAGCGCACCGACGUCGAACGCGUUCGCGACGUCGAACGCGUACGAUCUCGGGAACGCGUACUCGGACGCGAACGAGACGACGCCGAAGACGCAGCAGAACACGGCGAAGAGGCGAGCCAGCGCGGCGGCGUGCGCGGUGAAAAUGGCCGAAGAGAAGAAGAGGAGAGAAAGAAUGGGAACCAUGCUCGAUCCGGAUGUUGAUUUCUCAUCGUUUCCAAUCACGUUACCGUCGGAAGUGCGAGGGGCGUCCACGGACGGUGGUCGCGCACCCGCCGCGGCGCACUGUCGCGGAUGUCGACGAAGUCUUCCGAUGGACUUGCACUUCGAUACCGACAAAAAGACGUGUCGACAGUGUUUGAGCCGACAACGGCUAAAGUGGAGAAAGACGGCGCACAAACCGACUGACGCGUGA